GAGCUGUCGCUGGCGGGUUCAGUGUAUCCUGCUGAGCUUGGAUUGCCCAACAGCAACCGUGCAAUGAUGACGAGGUUCGGAAGAAUAGCAUUGUGUCUUCUCUCCUUCAAAGGAGGGUCUCAAUCGUUUACCCUCCGAGCCCAUUCCGCGAUUCGACGGGCACCAGUAGGAAGGGAAAGGGUGGAUGGUGGUGGUAUUGGUGGGGGUGGAGUCAUCUUGAACAAGUCGGGUUACUCGGCAAGGUCGCGACUCUCGUCGUCCGUCAUCGUGGACGUUGAAAGCACGUCCACUGACGAGCCGGUGGAAGAUCUGAAAGCGAGGCUCUUGAGGGCAUCCGCUGGGGUAAAUAGAGGGCUCAGCUGCCGAGAGGGAGACCAGGAGGAAAUUUUGGAGAUCGUGGAAGAGCUCGAGAGGCAAAACCCGAAUCCGACGCCAAACGACGGUUUCUCGGAGGGCGCCUCUAUCCUUACGGGCGAGUGGAAGCUCAUUUUCACGUCCGCGUUGGACGUGCUGUCGCUGGGGCUAAUCCCAGGCGUGGAAGUCGGUCAGAUAUUUCAAAAUAUCAACGAGGAUGGGACCGAGAUCACGAACGUUGUUGACCUUCAGCCAAAGGCGGCGCCGGUGUUGGAGCGCUUCGCGGGCAGCACGUCGGCAAGACUAGAGGUCCUCGCCGCUGCUUCGUUGGAGGGAGACAAGCGCCUCACGCUCUCGUUCCGCCGCUCGCAGUACUCGCCGCAAACGCUUCUCGGUCGGGACGUGUCGGCGACGCUGCCUCCGUUCAAGGUCAGCUUCCCGGAGAUCCCCGGCACCAACGCCGGUUGGAUUGACACCACCUUCAUCGACGAAGAAAUCCGGGUCGCGAGAGCUUUUGGUGGAAAUCUGUUCGUUCUGGCUAGAGUCUGA